AAGCACACCCAACCCAUUCUUCCUAACCAAACUGGGCGAGCAUUAUGCUUUGUGUGAUGCCAACAACCAUAUUUAGAGGAACAAUUGCACUAUAAAAGAAGACCUGACAUGUUUUCAGUUGUAUUAUCGUUAACCUUCUACUGUGUACGGUAAGUUCUGGAGAGCCUUGUUUCUUAAUAAAAAACUAACCUUACAGUCAAAGGGAUCUUUACUGGUGAUAGUAUCACUGACAAAAUUGCAGAAAAGAGUAAUUGGAUUGCUUGGUACUUGAUUAUUUCUAUCUGCAUUGAUCAAGGUGUAAAUUUUGCUGGUCAGUAGUAGAAAUGAGACAACAGUGAUAUAAUGUGUCUUUCUUUUGUGUAGACAGCAUUGAACCAUCAGCCGUUGGAGAAGUGAACAGCAGAAGUGAGUGGGCUUUAGUCCUACUGAAGAAAAUCAUGACGAUUGUUGAAUUUAUGCAACAUGACAAUCAAACAGUUUAAAAUAAAAAAAUGAACACUGGUCAAAUCUUGAAUAACACAAUGCAUUAAACUAAGUUUACUUAUAAAUCUGAUAGGGUGAAAGAUGGGGGACAGUCAGAUGGCAGAGUUUGGAGCUGCGGCUCCGUUCCUCAGGAAGUCGGAUAUAGAGCGUCUGGAGGCCCAAACUCGCCCCUUUGACAUGAAGAAAGAAUGUUUCGUCCCUGAUGCUGAAGAGGAAUACCUUAAGGCAUCUAUCAUCAGUCGCGAUGGUGAUAAAGUCACCUGUGAGACUUCUAAAGGGAAGACAGUAACUGUGAAGGAAGCUGAUAUUCAUCCUCAGAACCCGCCAAAGUUCGAUAAAAUUGAGGACAUGGCGAUGUUCACCUUCCUCCACGAGCCCGCUGUGCUGUUUAACCUCAAAGAGCGUUACGCAGCCUGGAUGAUCUACACCUACUCUGGGCUCUUCUGUGUCACUGUAAACCCCUACAAGUGGCUUCCAGUGUACAAUCAGGAAGUUGUUGUUGCUUACAGAGGAAAGAAGAGGAGUGAAGCUCCUCCUCAUAUCUUCUCCAUCUCUGACAAUGCCUACCAGUACAUGCUGGCAGACAGAGAAAACCAGUCCAUUCUUAUCACUGGAGAAUCUGGUGCUGGAAAGACUGUAAACACCAAAAGAGUCAUUCAGUACUUUGCCAGUAUUGCUGCUGGUGGAAUCAAGAAGGACACCAGUGACAAAAAGGGUACUCUGGAAGAUCAAAUCAUCCAGUGUAACCCUGCUCUAGAGGCUUUCGGUAAUGCCAAGACCAUCAGAAAUGACAACUCAUCUCGCUUUGGCAAGUUCAUCAGAAUUCACUUUGCUGCCAGUGGCAAGUUAGCAUCUGCUGAUAUUGAGACUUAUCUUCUGGAGAAAUCUCGUGUGACUUUCCAGCUCAAGGCUGAGAGAGACUACCACAUCUUCUACCAGAUCCUGUCUCAGAAGAAACCAGAACUAUUAGAGAUGCUAUUGAUCACAGCAAACCCUUACGAUUACGCAUUCAUCUCCCAAGGAGAGACGCAAGUGGCCUCUAUUGAUGAUGCUGAUGAGCUGAUGGCAACUGAUGAAGCUUUUGAUGUGUUGGGCUUCACCCAAGAGGAGAAGAACAGCAUCUACAAACUGACAGGUGCCAUCAUGCACUACGGCAACAUGAAGUUUAAGCAGAAGCAAAGAGAGGAACAGGCAGAGGCUGAUGGGACUGAGGAUGCUGAUAAAUCAGCUUAUCUGAUGGGCCUGAACUCUGCUGAUCUUAUCAAGGCUCUGUGCCACCCAAGAGUCAAAGUCGGAAAUGAGUGGGUCACCAAGGGACAGAAUGUCCAACAGGUGUACUAUGCCAUCGGUGCCCUGUCAAAAUCAGUGUAUGAGAAAAUGUUCCUUUGGAUGGUUGUAAGAAUCAACCAAUCCCUGGACACCAAGCAGCCUCGCCAGUACUUCAUCGGUGUGCUGGACAUUGCUGGAUUUGAGAUCUUUGAUUUUAACACCUUUGAGCAGCUGUGCAUCAACUUCACUAAUGAGAAGUUGCAGCAGUUCUUCAAUCACCAUAUGUUUGUGCUGGAACAAGAGGAAUACAAGAAGGAGGGUAUUGAGUGGGUCUUCAUCGACUUUGGCAUGGACUUGCAGGCUUGUAUUGAUCUCAUUGAAAAGCCCAUGGGUAUCAUGUCUAUCCUUGAAGAGGAGUGCAUGUUCCCCAAAGCCAGUGAUGCCACAUUUAAAGCUAAGCUUUAUGACAACCACUUGGGGAAAUCAAACAACUUCCAGAAGCCCAGGAUUGUCAAGGGUAAACCAGAGGCUCAUUUCUCCCUGGUUCACUACGCUGGCACUGUUGACUACAACAUCAACAACUGGCUGGUGAAGAACAAGGAUCCUCUUAAUGAGACUGUUGUGGGCCUGUAUCAGAAGUCCACCAUGAAACUGCUGUCUAACCUGUUUGCAAACUAUGCCAGUGCUGACUCAGCCGCUGAAGGUGGAGGAGGUGGCAAAGGUGGGAAGGAGAAGAAGAAAAAGGGCUCUUCUUUCCAGACAGUGUCUGCCCUUCACAGGGAGAAUCUGAACAAGCUGAUGACCAAUUUGAGGUCAACUCACCCUCACUUUGUGCGCUGCAUCAUCCCCAAUGAGACUAAGACUCCUGGGGCGAUGGAGAAUCCUCUGGUCAUGCACCAGCUGCGCUGUAACGGUGUGCUGGAGGGCAUCAGAAUCUGCAGAAAGGGCUUCCCCAACAGGAUCCUGUAUGGGGAUUUCAAACAGAGAUAUCGUAUCCUAAAUCCUGCUGCUAUCCCAGAGGGUCAGUUCAUUGACAGCAGGAAAGGAGCUGAGAAGUUAUUGGGCUCUUUGGAUAUUGACCACAACCAGUACAAGUUUGGACAUACUAAGGUAUUCUUUAAGGCUGGUCUGUUGGGUACUCUUGAAGAGAUGCGAGAUGACCGUCUCGCUCUCAUCAUCACAAAUAUUCAGGCUCGAGCUCGUGGUCUACUUUCAAGAAUUGAAUUCCAAAAGAUUGUUGAGCGCAGAGAUUCAUUGCUGGUGAUCCAGUGGAAUGUGCGUGCCUUCAUGGGGGUCAAGAAUUGGCCCUGGAUGAAGCUCUACUUCAAGAUCAAACCACUGCUAAGAUCCGCUGAAGCAGAAAAAGAGAUGGCGAAUAUGAAGGAAGAAUUCCUUAAGUUAAAGGAAGCUUAUGCCAAAUCUGAAGCACGCAGAAAGGAGCUUGAAGAGAAGAUGGUUUCCAUGCUCCAAGAGAAGAAUGACCUGCAACUCCAAGUCCAAGCUGAGCAAGAUAAUCUUUGUGAUGCUGAGGAGAGAUGUGAGGGUCUGAUCAAGAACAAGAUCCAGCUUGAGGCCAAAACCAAAGAGCUGACUGAGAGACUGGAGGAUGAAGAGGAAAUGAAUGCCGAGCUGACGGCAAAGAAACGAAAGCUGGAGGAUGAAUGUUCUGAGCUCAAGAAGGACAUUGAUGAUCUCGAGCUCACUCUGGCCAAAGUGGAGAAAGAAAAACAUGCCACUGAGAACAAGGUUAAAAACCUGACAGAGGAAAUGGCAGCUUUGGAUGAAAUCAUUGCCAAACUAACCAAGGAGAAGAAAGCUCUGCAGGAGGCCCAUCAGCAAACGCUGGAUGAUCUCCAGAGUGAGGAAGACAAAGUCAACACACUCACCAAAGCCAAAGCCAAGCUGGAGCAACAAGUUGAUGAUCUUGAGGGUUCCCUGGAACAGGAAAAGAAGCUUCGAAUGGAUCUAGAGAGAGCAAAAAGGAAGCUCGAGGGAGACUUAAAGUUGUCCCAAGAGAGUGUGAUGGACCUAGAAAAUGACAAACAACAGCUAGAAGAGAAGCUUAAAAAGAAAGAUUUUGAGAUCAGCCAACUCAAUAGCAAGAUUGAAGAUGAGCAGGCCAUGGCAGCCCAGCUCCAGAAGAAACUGAAGGAGCUGCAGGCUCGAAUUGAAGAACUUGAAGAAGAGCUGGAGGCUGAGAGAGCUGCUCGAGCCAAAGUUGAAAAGCAGAGGGCAGAUCUGUCCAGAGAACUGGAGGAGAUCAGUGAGAGGUUGGAGGAGGCUGGUGGUGCCACUGCUGCCCAGAUUGAGAUGAACAAGAAACGUGAAGCCGAGUUCCAGAAACUGCGCAGAGACCUUGAAGAGGCCACUCUGCAACAUGAGGCCACUGCUGCUACACUGAGGAAGAAACAUGCAGACAGUGUGGCUGAUCUGGGAGAGCAGAUUGACAACCUUCAGAGAGUGAAGCAGAAGCUUGAGAAAGAAAAGAGUGAACUCAGACUGGAACUGGAUGAUGUGGUCUCAAACAUGGAACAACUGGCCAAGUCCAAGUCAAACCUUGAAAAAAUGUGCAGGACCCUUGAAGACCAGAUGAGUGAGUAUAGGACUAAGUAUGAAGAGGGGCAACGCAGCAUUAAUGACUUCACCAUGCAAAAAGCUAAGCUGCAAACUGAGAAUGGGGAACUUACAAGACAGCUAGAGGAAAAGGACUCCCUGGUUUCUCAGCUGACCAGAGGCAAACAGUCAUAUACCCAGCAGAUUGAGGACCUCAAGAGACAACUAGAGGAGGAAGUGAAGGCUAAGAACUCCCUGGCCCAUGCAGUGCAGUCUGCUCGCCAUGAUUCUGAUCUGCUGAGGGAGCAGUAUGAGGAGGAGCAGGAAGCCAAAGCUGAGAUGCAGCGUAGUCUCUCCAAGGCAAACUCUGAGGUGGCUCAGUGGAGAACCAAGUAUGAAACUGAUGCCAUCCAGAGGACUGAAGAGCUGGAGGAUGCUAAGAAAAAACUCGCUCAGCGUCUACAAGAUGCAGAAGAGGCUGUUGAAGCAGUCAAUGCUAAAUGCUCAUCUCUGGAGAAGACCAAGCACAGACUGCAGAAUGAGAUUGAAGAUCUCAUGGUUGAUGUGGAGAGAUCCAAUGCUGCUGCUGCUGCCCUGGACAAGAAGCAAAGAAACUUUGACAAGGUCCUAGCUGAAUGGAAGCAGAAAUAUGAGGAGUCUCAGAGUGAGCUGGAAAGUUCCCAGAAGGAAGCCAGAUCUCUGAGCACUGAACUUUUCAAACUUAAGAACUCUUAUGAGGAAUCUCUGGAUCAUUUGGAGACCAUGAAGAGAGAGAACAAGAAUCUCCAAGAGGAGAUUGCUGAUCUCACUGAGCAAAUUGGUGAAAGUGGAAAGAACAUUCAUGAACUAGAGAAAGUUCGUAAACAGCUGGAGCAGGAAAAGUCUGAAAUUCAAGCUGCUCUGGAAGAGGCGGAGGGCUCCUUAGAGCAUGAAGAAGGAAAGAUCCUCAGAGUUCAGUUGGAAUUCAACCAGGUUAAAGCUGACAUUGAACGUAAGCUGGCUGAAAAAGAUGAGGAGAUGGAGCAGGCCAAGAGGAACCAACAGAGAAUGGUUGAUACCCUUCAGAGCUCACUUGAGUCAGAGACUCGCAGCAGGAAUGAAGCCCUCAGACUGAAGAAGAAGAUGGAGGGAGACCUCAAUGAGAUGGAGAUUCAGCUCAGCCAAGCAAACAGGCAGGCAGCAGAAGCCCAGAAACAACUCAAGGGUCUUCAUGGACAUCUCAAAGAUGCCCAACUGCAGCUGGACGAUGCUCUUCGAGGUAAUGAUGAUCUCAAAGAGAACAUCGCCAUUGUGGAGAGACGCAACAAUCUGCUGCAGGCUGAACUGGAUGAGUUGAGAUCCCUGGUGGAACAGACUGAGAGAGGAAGGAAACUGGCUGAGCAGGAACUGCUGGACGUCAGUGAGAGGGUUCAGCUGCUGCAUUCUCAGAACACCAGCCUGCUGAAUCAGAAGAAGAAGUUGGAAGGAGACAAUUCUCAGCUCCAGUCCGAGGUUGAGGAGGCCGUGCAGGAGUGCAGGAAUGCUGAGGAAAAAGCCAAGAAGGCCAUCACUGAUGCUGCCAUGAUGGCAGAAGAGCUGAAGAAGGAGCAAGACACCAGUGCUCAUCUGGAGCGCAUGAAGAAGAACAUGGAGCAGACCAUCAAGGACCUACAGCACCGUCUGGAUGAAGCUGAGCAGAUAGCCAUGAAGGGAGGCAAGAAGCAGGUCCAGAAACUGGAAGCCAGGGUGAGAGAGCUGGAAAACGAGGUGGAGAUAGAACAGAGAAAGGCAAGUGAGUCUGUGAAAGGAAUCCGUAAAUAUGAGAGACGCAUCAAGGAGCUCACCUACCAGACUGAGGAGGAUCGUAAGAAUCUGGCUCGUCUUCAGGAUCUGGUGGACAAACUCCAACUGAAGGUCAAGUCCUACAAGAGAGCUGCAGAGGAGGCGGAGGAACAGGCCAAUUCUAAUCUGGCCAAAUUCCGUAAACUGCAACAUGAGUUUGAUGAAGCAGAGGAGAGAGCUGAUAUUGCUGAAUCUCAGGUCAACAAACUGAGGGCCAAGAGCCGUGAUACUGGAUCCAAGAAAGGACAUGAUGAGGAAUGAAGCUCUUCCAUCAUUCAGUAUCUGAUGUGUCUCUUUGAAUCCAUUAGUCUGUAGCAUAAUAGAAUAAAGCAAAUGUUCAAUUGAAACUUCU